AUGCACAUCCACUGCCAGCAUUGCGCGGAUCGCUGUGGCAUUUGCAGCUGUGUACCAAAUCCCUGGCGUCCUUUGCCGGACCUGGAGCCCGAUGGCAAGGAGCCGCAGCUGCUACUUACAGCUGGGGGUUUGGUAGAGCCACCCGGUUUGGAGCCGGAGCUUUCGGACAUCUCUUUGUGGCGCCACUUGCUCCGGGGCACCCAUGGCUUUUCUUUGCAUGGCCCAGAGCCUGUGAGCCUCUUUCCGGAAGCGCCCGAACUGGCCAGGACGGCUCGCAUGCGGCAGCGCAAUGCUGGUUGGCGCCGCUGGUGGUUGUCUUGGCGGAAAACUCAAGGCCAAGAGACAGAGAUGUCUCUUGGAGAGGAGGUGCAAUGGUUCAUGAAACUUCCUGACCCCAGAACGAGGCCAGUGCCUGUGCACCUUUGUUGGAAAGUCCAGCAAUACAUCGAGCAGCUCCAACACGAGCAUGAAGGGCACCAUGCACACGGAGACUUGGUGAAAUUUACAGACAACUUUUUCCUCUUGCGGGGCAAUCACGAAUGCGCCUCAAUCAACCGCAUUUAUGGUUUUUAUGAUGAGUGCAAGCGACGGUAUAGCAUCAGGCUGUGGAAGACCUUUACCGACUGCUUCAACUGCCUGCCAGUGAGUGCAGUCAUUGAAGAUAAGAUCGUGUGCAUGCACGGCGGUCUUUCACCCGAACUUGGCGCACCGGGGCAGAUCAAUCGGGUCAUCAGGCCGACGGAUGUGCCAGACACAGGCUUGCUGUGUGACUUGCUCUGGUCAGAUCCAGAGAAAGAGAUCAGCGGCUGGGGUGAGAAUGACCGCGGUGUGUCCUUCACUUUUGGACCUGACGUUGUCCAUGGCUUUUUGAGAAAACACAACCUGGAUUUGGUGUGCCGCGCACAUCAGGUGGUGGAAGACGGCUACGAAUUCUUCGCUUGUCGCGCCCUGGUGACCCUCUUCAGUGCGCCAAACUAUUGCGGAGAAUUCGACAACUCGGCCGCCAUCAUGACGGUGGACGACCGGCUUUGCUGUGCAUUUCAGAUCCUCCGACCGAUGCGGAUCUAA